AUGCUUCCCGUUAGACGAGCCGUGGCCUUCCACGCCGCGCGAACCUGCCGACAGUUCCUCCCCAGACACGUUGCUGCUCCGCGACCGAUCCGAUCGAGUCUGUACACGACUUCUGCCCGUUUGCGACAGAAUGCCUUCCACUCCCAGCUUGAGAGCCACGCUGCCGCGGGGCCCAGCGUCAUCCAGAACCCCCAGACUAUGACGGAAAAGAUCGUACAGAACUACUCUGUCGGUCUUGCGCCUGGGAAGAAGGUUCGCACGGGUGACUAUGUCACCUUGCAACCGCACAAGAUCAUGACCCACGACAACAGUUGGCCGGUCGCUCUCAAGUUUAUGGGUCUGGGUGCUACGAAGUUGCAUGACAAGGAUCAAGUUAUCUUGACCUUGGAUCAUGACGUUCAAAAUAAGAGCGACGGCAACUUGAAGAAAUAUAGACUCAUCGAGGAAUUCGGGAAGAAGCACGGCACGUUCUUUUCCGGAGCCGGAGAUGGUAUUGGGCAUCAAAUCAUGGUUGAGAAUGGAUUUGCCUGGCCUGGAACUGUAACUGUGGCCUCGGACAGCCACAGCAACAUGUACGGCGGAGUCGGCGCAUUGGGAACUGCGCUCGUACGAACUGAUGCCGCAGCCGUUUGGGCUACUGGAAAGACUUGGUGGCAGGUACCCCCGAUCGCUAAGAUCACUCUCACUGGAACUCUGCGCCCAGGAACUACUGGAAAGGAUAUCAUCGUGGCACUCUGCGGUCUCUUCAACAAGGACGAAGUUCUGAACCAUAGCGUUGAAUUCGUCGGAAGCGAAGAGACGAUGCGAAGCAUACCAGUUGACGACCGAUUGACCGUUGCUAACAUGACCACCGAACACGGCGCUGCUGCCGGCAUCUUUCCCAUGGACUCGGUUUUGAAGGCAUGGAUGACGGCCAAGGCUACCACCAACGCUAUGCUCAACGUGGAGGGGCCUGCCAAGACAAACUUCACCCAUGAGCGUAUCGAGAAACUCUUUGAGAAUCCCGUGACAGCCGACCCAGGCGCAGUCUACGCCAAGGAACUAUACCUGAACCUCGACACCCUCUGCCCCUUCGUUGCCGGUCCCAACUCUGUCAAGGUCGCAACACCUUUGCAUGAUCUUGAAGCACAAGAUAUCAAGGUCAACAAGGCAUAUCUGGUUUCAUGCACGAACUCCCGUGCCUCAGACAUCGCAGCUGCAGCUCGCGUUUUCCGUGAGGCUGCUGAGAAGGGUUCACCGGCCAAAGUGGCUCCCGGUGUGAAGUUCUACUUGGCUGCUGCCUCUCGCACAGAACAAGCAGCUGCAGAAGCUUCCGGAGACUGGGAGGUUCUCACCGAUGCUGGUGCACAAAUCUUACCUGCGGGCUGCGGCCCCUGCAUCGGGUUGGGCACCGGCCUGCUUGAGCCAGGUGAAGUCGGAAUUUCAGCCUCUAACCGCAACUUCAAGGGUCGCAUGGGUUCAACUGACGCUAAGGCCUAUCUGGCCAGCCCUGAAGUCGUUGCAGCCAGUGCAUUGCAGGGCAAGAUCGCGGGACCGGGCUGGUACCAGAAGCCGGAGGGCGUCGACAAGGUCAUUAUCGGCGAGGGUGUUGGUGACAUCACCGCCGACAUCUCUAGCAGCAUCGAGGAUGCUCUUGAGAAGCUGAUCUCUCAAGCCGACGACCUCAUUGCUGAGUCCGAGAAGGGCUUUUCAGGUGCCCCUGAAGGCGAGGCUGCUGCCGCUAAUGGUGAGGAGACGCUGACCGAUGUGCUUCCCGGAUUCCCCGAGAAGAUUGAGGGCGAGAUCGUCUUUUGCGAUGCAGACAACCUCAACACUGAUGGAAUCUACCCCGGAAAAUACACGUACCAAGACGACGUCACAACCGAGAAGAUGGCGGAAGUCUGUAUGGAGAAUUACGACACAGAGUUCCGUCAUAUUGCCAAGGCAGGAGAUGUCCUUGUUUCUUCGUACAAUUUUGGUACCGGCUCAUCGAGAGAGCAAGCCGCGACCGCUAUUCUCGCCAAGGGCAUUCCCAUGGUCAUCGCUGGCAGCUUUAGCAACAUCUUUAGUCGUAACAGCGUCAAUAACGCGCUGAUGGCACUCGAAGUCCCGAAGCUGGUCGAGCGUCUGCGCGAAGCAUUCAAGGACGAGAAGGAGAAGGUUCUUACCCGUCGCACGGGAUGGAAGGUUCUUUGGGACGUCAAGAGGAGCAAGGUUGUCGUCACGGAGAAGGACGGCGCGAGCUGGAGCGUCAAGGUCGGCGAGCUGCCGCCCAACGUACAAGAAAUCAUCGCCAAGGGUGGUCUUGAGAAGUGGGUGAAGAGUCAGAUUUGA